AGUACCAGGUCACCAAUCACUACGCCGUUUAUUCAGAGACACGUGACUCUGACGUUGAAUGGCCAUGUGACAGGCAUGUCACUGUUGUAUUGUAGCUCGUAGCCUCUAUCCUCAAUAUCUAUAUGCCGUCUAUCUCGUGUACAUACUUUGUAAUGCACGGGAAAACUAGUGGGUAAACACGAGCAAGACACGAGACGGGAGAGACUUUGCUUUGCUGCACCAGGAGUACACAGUAUAAAAAAGGAGAAAAAAAAAUUAAAUAUUGACGACGUAAUCCGAGGCGUGAGUUAUUUAAGCAAAAAAAGUGUGUGAAGGUGGAUGCUGAUGAAAGCUUGCGCAUUUAGCUUGAGCUGGUGCACAUCAGCAGAAGCCGAGAAGAGAAAAUAGUAAUAAAAAAAAAAAAAAAAGGAGGGGAAGAUUUAAAUUAUGGCGCUGCGUUUUAUGAAAAAAACCGUAGGACCGGUAUCGUUUGGACGCAAAACACCGGAUGAUGUCGUACAAAAAUUCAAAUAUUUACUGGUAUUGGACUUUGAAGCGACUUGUGAAAAACAUGAGCAGAUAAAAAACCAGGAAAUAAUCGAGUUUCCUUGCGUUGCGGUUAGCACUAAAAAUUGGGAAAUAGAGAGUAUCUUUCAUGAAUAUGUAAAACCGAGAGUAAAUCCAAUUAUAAGUCCGUUCUGUACAGAAUUAACGGGAAUUAUGCAAGAAACAAUUGAGAAUGAAGAGUAUUUCCCAGUUGUACUGGAUAAAUUUUCUACAUGGCUCGCAACAAAUAAUUUUAUCAAGGAUAUAGACGACAAUAAUUAUAAUAAUAAUAAUAAUAAUACCAACUGCGAAAGUACAUUUGUAACUUGUGGCGACUGGGAUUUGAAAGUGAUGCUGCCGAAUCAGUGUAAUCUUGAUAACUUGCCGGUGCCCCAUUAUUUCAAUCAGUGGAUUGACUUGAAGAGAAUUUUUCACAUGGCAACGCAGUAUUAUCCAAAAAGCCUGAGAGACAUGCUCAGCCGAUUAGAUUUGCCGAUGCAAGGUAGACUCCACUCAGGCAUACACGAUUCUCUCAACAUGAAAAGAAUUAUUGAAACCAUCGGCAAUAAAUAUCCCCUUAAAUUUGAUUACACAUCCCGAGCGAAAACAAUUUUAGAUUAAACUUUAU